UCAUCUGCCCAAGUCGUCAGCUCGGUCGCGCCCACAUGCCAACACGCACAAACCGAUGACACAAACAAGACGAUAACUUCGUUAUAAAAGGGGAUAAAGUCAUCCAACAUUGUCUGGUUCCUGAUAUUAUUCCUGAUCUCCAUGGCAACGUAUUGCUAGCCUACAUCAGUGAUCAUCCGUCGGCCAGUCGUGUUGUCUGCGCAGAGGGAGAACGCGUUCAUUUCGAACCCACCGAGUGAACAAUGAAGUACGGAGAGCUGGAGGCACCUGCACGCUUCGCAUAAAAGUAUCAAUUUCUGUGGACGAUUUCUUUUGAACAAAAGUGUUUUUGUUUUCUUUAAAAAAAAAAACAACUCGGGAUCUAUUUGGAGGCAGGGUUCAUCUCUUAACGGACUUCAUCUGCAGUGUACAUUGACUGAGGAGUGCCAAGUUCUUUCCGCUUUUAUUUUGGGAACCUUUUUUUUCCCGGUUUAAAGAUGUCUGGAUUAUUCCUGACGAUGGUUUGCCUGAUCUUAAGUGUUCUUGUUUUGACCAUGGGCCCGCUGUCGGCAGAGUCGUCGAGGAUAGGAGGGAUUAACAGAGAAUAUCUAAUGAAGAAAAGAAGUUGCAGCCAAGAAGAUGGCCAGGCAGCGCUUGCAGAAUGUGGUUCAAAUGCACGGUGCAUAAGCAGGGUGGAUAGAGCAAUAGCUAGGAAUUGCGGAGCGAAAAAGAGAGCGUUUGAUGCUGAGUCAGAAGAAUCGUCAGUCUCGGCCGGUAGGGGGCAGUCUCAACCACCUGAUGGACUACACAGAAUUCGCUUCAGUAAACGCAUGGAUUGGCGGUGAUUGGACAAAAAGUGGCCUUAACGCGCAGAUACUGAAUGGACAAAUGACGUCAGGCAACCCAAUUGGCUGAAUUGUGAACAAUAAAUGAAUAUUUUUGUUUUAUAUUAAUUCGGUGAUGAACUAUCUUAAACUUUUCCGCCCGAAUUGCUUUGUUAUGGACCACGGAGUUGUUAUAAAAAAAUGUAAUUCGGGAAGGGAAAGUAUAUAUUUUGUUAAUUUCGUUUUCAUAUCUGGGAUUUUAAAUGAAAAUCAGCAUUGAUAAAUAUUCAUAAUAUACGCCGAUAUUAACAAUGAACACCAUAGUAAAAGGUUGCUUUUUUAUUUAAUACACCGGCUAGACCAACAUGUACAAUACAGAAAUGUAUUCUGUGAACUACAGAGGAGUUGCUUCAAAGUUACAUUAUUCCCAUAUUAAUCUCGUACUAAAUGGGGGUACAAAUGGGGUAUUUGUCAGAAUACUUUCGAUAUAUUUCCAGAAUAGUUGGCCGACGAAUAGUUUUUUUUUCCAAAUUAGAAUAGAGGGUGAGUUAAUGUGCUAUAUCUUUCGCAGUUUUAUUUAUUAUUACCAUUAUUAUUAUGUUUGCUUCUUUUUACGGGUCAAACGUAAAGCUUAAAAAACAAUAACGCAGAACGGACUAUUCGAAUUAAAAAAAAACGUUUGAAUUUUCAGGAAAAUAGAAAACUAAUAUUAGGCCUAUUUAAAACGUGUAGUAUAGGAAUAAAUAGUUCGCUCUCUGUCUCGCAACAGAUUUGGAAAACGUACUGAACAUUUGUAUAGUUGUAAAAUGAUAACAACGCACAAAAUCACAAUAUGUCACGGAAGAAAACUCCGUUUUUAAAAUAACAAUAUUGUUUGUGCUUGUGGUGGAUUUAAUUAAAGGCCUAAUGCGACAUAAAGAUAAAUUUCAAUCCUCACUUUCUAUCUAUAAUCACAUUUAUUCAUGUAAAUGUAUCAUUAGGGAGACACGUUAUCAUCAAACGUUGUGCCUUGGGGAGACAAGGUAUAUAAUGUCUCCCUGAUGUUUCAACUCCUAUUUCUUGGCAAACAUUUCUUGUCGAAAAUAGGCUAAAUCGAUUCUUCGUGAUGCAAAACAUAAAUGAGAAAGUUUGGUGGGAGUAUAGGCUCAUAAAGGCAAGGUUAGGGUUACGGGUCAUUAAAGUUUGUUUGUGCACGAGUCUAUGAGAAUGUCUCCCUUAGCUAUGAUUUCCCGUAAUUAUUAUUAGGUGUUCAUGUUUCAAAAAAAGAAGAAAAAAAGACGGAUGACAGAUGAGACGUUUAACUUGUUCAUUUUUUUCCUGCCCGGAAAUGCAAGCAUUAGCAAAGAUGAACCUUACCAAGCAACUUUGUGAGGUUAUUUCAUUCAUAGAUUAUUUAUAAAAAUGAACAGUUACCAUGUCAGUGACAUGGCUGUCUUCCCAACCAAGGGACGUAUGUCACGUGAAAUGGGCACGCCAGUAUAUAACAGUUAAUGAAUUCUGCGAGCAAUAUUGUGGGUUCAUAAGUUGUACUUGACAUGAAUUUUACACUGAAAUAGUUUCUUUGUGUGCAAAUAUUCAUUUAUCUCAACCGUGUAAAAAUAAUGAAACACCUAUUUUGUAAAGUUCUUUUUUUUAAUAUGUUAAAUGUCCCAGACCUGACAACUGAGGGCGCUGUUGCUUAAUGUCGAUGUCAAGUCAGGCUCUCACUUUACAGUUUCCCACAAAUUAGGAAACAAAUUUUAUGUCAUGGGAAAUAUUCGUGCAUACUUAAUAGAAAGUUUGCAUACAGCCAAAAAUUUGCAUCAAAACUAAAAAGGCCCCCUGACCUUCAAACUGCCGAUACGACGAUUGAAAAUUAACUUCUGGAAAACAGGGACGUAUGCCAAGAAAAAAACAAAUGUUGAGCAUAUUAAUUUACGUAAACUAUGUCACAUUUUGUUUUAAGAAAUUGACCACUCCAGACAUAUGAAACUGCAGUAUCCACGUCUCAUCUGUUGCUAUUUUCUGAGUCUGAGCACGAUCGUAAAUUGCCUUGUAUUUGGAAACCGUUCUGUUACAUUCAGUGGUAUCUCUCGAUUAUAUUUAUUGCUUUUCGCUACAGAUUAUUUAUUACCAUUUCUGGUUUAUAUAAACACGUAAUUUGAAGCUCAAAGGAUAUAUUGCAACACAUUAUAAAUGGUCUUCUUUAUACAGACACUUAUUGAAUCGAAAAGAAAAUUUUGCAUUUCAUUAAAAAGAAUAACAAUUGAAACAAACAAGUAAUUGUUACUGUAAUUACGCAAACGAAAUAAACAUAAACGAAGUACUAAUGAGCUUUCAGAUUUACGCGAUGUUGUGUGUUUUGAUUGAGGAGCCCACACUUUCAGAGCUUACUAUGACAGUGUGUUGUUAUUAUUAGCAUAAAGACUCAAUCUUUGCAGUUGUUAUGUUCGGAUUUUAGUGAUUGUACAAAAACUUGACACACGGGAAAAUUCUGUAUAUUAAUCAUGAUUAAUGAACUGGACGAAUAGUCUGAAUAAAAUGAGCUUCAAAAACUGGAAAAAAA